AUGCCGGGGUCUUCGAGCAUGCUGAUUAGCCUCCGGGACAACAUCAGCAACGUCCGCCGUAGACCAGCGAGCCCGUUGCUGUUACUCAACUUGGACCUUCUCCGCAACCUCGUUUUCUUCUUUUUUGUCCUCCGCUUGACUCGCCGAACCGUUUGGAAACUCCGCGGCCGCGGCUUUGUGGGGUCCAUCACGGAGCUCUACAAUGAUAUCCGCCGCAUCGUCUUUGGCUGGUUCCUGCGCCUCCCUGGUGUGCGCACCAAGGUCCGCCAGCAGGUCGACGAGGCCCUUGGCAAGAUGGAGGGCAAGCUCGUCCCAGUCGGCGUCAUCCGCCAUACCUCGCUCCCCGCACAGGGCUUGGCCCACGACGAAGUCCGCCGCCAACUCGAGUCCCUGGCUGAGCUCGACCAUACGCGCUGGGAGGAUGGCCGGGUCAGCGGUGCUGUCUACCACGGCGAGGACGACUUGCUAAAGCUGCAGACCGAGGCCUUCGGCAAGUUCACUGUGGCGAACCCGAUCCACCCGGAUGUCUUUCCGGGUGUGCGCAAGAUGGAGGCCGAGGUCGUGUCCAUGGUUUUGGCCCUGUUCAACGGCCCUGCCGGGGCCGCCGGAGUGACCACCAGCGGUGGUACCGAGAGUAUCCUGAUGGCCUGUUUGAGCGCCCGCCAGAAGGCAUAUGUCGAGCGCGGCGUCACGGAGCCGGAAAUGAUCAUCCCCGAGACCGCCCAUACCGCGUUCCACAAGGCCAGCCAAUACUACAAGAUCAAGCUGCACCUCGUCGCCUGCCCCGCACCGGGCUACCAGGUGGACGUGCGCUGUGUCGCGCGCCUUAUCAACCCCAACACGGUCCUGCUUGUUGGCAGCGCACCCAACUUCCCCCACGGCAUUAUCGAUGACAUUGCAGCCCUCGGCCGCCUUGCCGUCCGGAGACGCCUGCCGCUGCACGUUGACUGCUGCCUGGGCUCUUUCAUGGUGCCCUUCCUCGAUAAAGCCGGAUUUGAGACGGCACCUUUUGACUUCCGCGUCCGUGGCGUCACCAGCAUCUCCGUCGAUACUCACAAGUACGGCUUCGCUCCCAAGGGCAACUCCGUCGUCCUGUACCGCACAGCCGCCCUGCGCGCGUACCAGUACUUUGUCUCGGCUGAUUGGGCCGGUGGCGUCUACGCCUCGCCUGGUGCGGCCGGCUCGCGUCCCGGUGCUCUCAUUGCUGGUUGCUGGGCGAGCAUGAUGGCCGUCGGCGAGUCGGGCUACCUGGAUGCCUGUGGCCGCAUCGUCGGCCACGCACGCAAGUUUGCCGAACACAUAACGACAUCGCCUGUGUUGUCGCCCGAAAUCGAGGUCAUGGGCCGCCCGCUUGUGUCGGUGGUUGCCUUCCGCGCGCGCCGUUCGGCCCCGUCCACCUCGUCCUCGCCGUUUACGCCCAUCAACAUCUACGCGCUGUCGGACACUAUGUCAGCCCGUGGCUGGCACCUGAACGCCCUGCAGAACCCUCCCGCGAUCCACGUUGCGUUCACGAUGCCCAUAGUCAAGUCAUUUGACACGCUAGUCUCAGACCUGGAGGCGUGUGUGGAGGCCGAGCGCGAGAAGGUGCGCGUGCGCGCUUUGGAGGGCGGCGCAAAGUCCACCGAUGACAGUGGCGAUGCGGCUGCGCUCUACGGUGUGGCAGGUAGCCUACCCAACAAGAGCGUGGUUGUGGACCUGGCGACGGGUUUCCUGGAUCUGUUGUACAAGGCAUAA